AUGACCAGCCAGAGAUAUCACUACCACCGAAUAGACGAUCCCUCUCAGAUUCGUCUCUUCAGCAUUAUUCCCAGACAGGACAGGAAAAGAAUUCAUCUUAAGCUAGAGCUUGUUUCAAUCAACGAAGUAGAGGGUCGGUACGAGGCUGUAUCCUAUAUGUGGGGAUCACAAUCGCCUGAGCGCCAUAUUAUCGUAGACGGCAAGACGCUGAGAUUGCGUGACAACAUAUGGCGCUGCUUGAAACAUCUACGUGACCACGAGUUGACGAGGUCAAGACUAUGGAUCGACAGCAUCUGUAUCAAUCAAAAUGAUGAACAGGAAAAGAGCCAGCAGGUGGCCAAGAUGGCGCAAAUCUUCCAAAAAGCGACCAGAGUAUUGAUCUGGCUUGGAUCAACGAGUCUACAGACAUACCUUCUUACUCCAGGAACAGACAGUCUACAGGACAGCAUUGAAAAUCUCCCUCCAAAAGACUGGGAUGCCUGGAUCGAUGUCCUAGGCUAUUCAGACCCUAGAUCUCGGUCCCUGGAAAACCAGAUCAUGAGUAUCGUGUACAAUUCGUAUUGGGAAAGGCUUUGGAUCGUCCAAGAAACUGCACUUGCGCAAAAUGCAUGCAUUGUUUUCGGCAAGGCUCUGCUGGAUAAAGAUUGCUUACGUGCAAUGUACAAAGCGGCUCGCGAAAACUCAAAACCAGGUUAUCUUUCAUGGAUUGCGAGGCAACGGGAUCCAAAUAUCAGGAAUUCUGGAACCGCCUUACUGGAUCACCAUCCCAUAACACGCCUCAGUCCAAAUAAGGGGGACAUGCAAGAUUUCCCCACAAGAAAUUCUCUAGGCAGACUUAUAGAAGAAUUCCACUGGAAACGUUGUACCGAUCCGCGAGACUAUGUGUUCGGCUUGGUGGGUCUGCUCGAUCCCAGUCGACGACUUGAGAUUGACUAUACGUCUUCUAACGAAGAGGUAGCUGUUAGAGCACUGCAAUACCUUGAAGAAGAAGGCACUCAGGACGCAACCCAUCGGCAGGGCCUAAACUUAUCAGCUGCAGCUGCUUUGAUAAAAGCUCUGUCUAUCACCAGCCUUAGGUUCGAACAAAGAUUACCCCUCAACAGGGCCGCAGCCAUGCAGUUGAAGGGCUGCCACCUCUCCUUCAAGCCUUUUAUAAUUCUUACCACAGACGACAACGUCCUGCAACCGGAGGUCGAGGCAUACGAAGACGUUAUCCAAGUAAAUGUAUCAGGAAGCCUGAUGAAGAAUCUAUAUCACAUGAAACGCAAAGACUUUCUCCGGGUGAGGCUGCUGAAUGGCCAAAUCAAGCAAUUCACCUAUGCUCGAGACUGCAAUCAGCUAGAAAAGAAAUCUGGCGCUUUACUUUUGUGCUCUCUUGGAAGAUUGCCAUCCGUCAUGGUACGCUGGAGCCCCGACAAUGAUCGCACAAUAAAGAUUGAGCAUUUUAUUGAGCCAGACAUGACUCGUCAGCCUUACCAACCAUCGCUGGAAAUCGAGAUCCAACUUUCAAUGAUUGUGGAGGAUGCUCUCACAAGAGAGAUUAAUACCUGUCGUAUAGACUGGGACGACCUGCACUCAGACGUAUCGUCCAAAUCAUUUCUACAUUUUUCCACUUUGGAGAUUAUUUCCAUAUGCGAACUAAUUGCACCCAAGGAGAGUGACGUGGCUGGGUUUUGGGAAAGCAGCGAAAAUACCUGA